AAAAUCCAGGAUACCAGUGCACGAGCCGGAUCGCGUGUGUUUGUUGAUCAAUGUGGCGUGAGAUUUGGAGAGUUUGUCUUCCCUGUCAUUGCGGAUGUUAGGUCCUUUGAAAAGCACACACACACAUUCUAAGAAACAGUUAAUUUUGUGAUAGUUUAAAGACUAGCACUACAGAGAGUCAUGUCUGCGAAGGCUAUACACGAGAUCACCGGGAAGCAGCUCCUCAAUAAGUUUCUCCAUGGUGAGGCGGUUAAGAACAACAUUGCUGAGGUGGAGGAAGGGGUCAACUGGGAGACCUUGUGUCAGGAAAACCCCUGGUUACUGUCGGAGCAGAAGUUGGUGGUGAAACCAGAUCAGCUUAUAAAACGGCGUGGCAAGCUAGGACUUAUUAAAGCUGGAGUUGAUCUCAAAGGAGUGAAGGAGUGGCUGGCUAACAAACUGGGGAAAAAUUUCACAAUUGGAGCAGCCACUGGUCGUUUAAAGCAUUUUGUCAUUGAGCCAUUCGUGCCACAUAAACAGGAGGAAGAGUUCUAUGUGUGUAUCUACUCACAUCGCUAUGCAGACAUUAUUCUGUUUUACCACGAAGGUGGAAUUGACAUUGGUGAUGUGGACAGCAAGGCAGUCAAACUGGAUAUCCCGGUGGGCGAGGAACUCGAUUCAGGUGCUGUCACAUCGAAAUUAUUGUCUAAAGCACCAGCAAAUUCCAAGGAAGCACUUCAGAAGUUUAUUGUGGCAUUGUAUGGUGUCUACAAAGAACUGCAUUUCACAUAUCUCGAGAUCAACCCAUUGGUUGUGACCGGGUCGAAGAUAUAUGUGUUGGACAUGGCUGCUAAGAUAGAUCAGUGUGCGGAGUACCUGUGCAAGUCCAAGUGGGGAGACAUUCAAUUUCCUCCUCCAUUUGGCAGAGAUCUGCUACCAGAGGAGGCCUACAUAGCCGAUCUUGAUGCAAAGAGUGGAGCGUCCCUCAAGCUGACAAUUCUCAACAAGAAGGGCAGAAUCUGGACAAUGGUGGCUGGAGGAGGUGCUUCAGUGAUAUAUGCUGACACCAUUUGUGACCUUGGUGGUGCGUCUGAGCUGGCUAACUAUGGGGAGUAUUCUGGAGCCCCCAGUGAGCAGCAGACAUUUGAAUAUGCUAAAACUCUGCUCGGAUUGAUGACACAGGAGGAACACCCUGAUGGGAAAAUCUUAAUCAUUGGAGGUGGAAUUGCUAAUUUUACCAACGUCGCAACAACCUUCAAGGGUAUCAUUCGUGCACUGUGGGACUUUCAGCAACAGUUAAUAAAGUUCAAUGUGAAGAUUUAUGUGCGACGUGCUGGACCAAACUACCAAGAAGGUCUACGCAGUAUGCGAGAAGUUGGAGACAAUUUGGGAGUUCCUAUCCAUGUGUUUGGUCCUGAAACCCACAUGACGGCCAUUGUUGCCAUGGCACUUGGCAAACGAGACAUUCCGAUCCAACAACCGCGACUGAAGACAACGGCUAAUUUUCUCCUUCCUGACAGCCCAGUUCGAUCAAAGCAAUCGUGCAGCAGCAGCCGGAGUAACUCGUCCGCGGAUCUGGAGAGUAUGAACACCUCGAAGAACGCCCAAGCUGCAGGCAAGGGUCACGUGCUGGGAGAGAAGGACAUGUGUCUGUUCACUGCGUCCACGAAGGCCAUCGUCUGGGGCAUGCAGCAGCGUGCCGUGCAGGGCAUGAUGGACUACGACUACGUCUGCUCACGCAAGGAUCCGUCGGUCGUCGCCAUGAUCUACCCUCUCACUGGUGAUCAUAAACAGAAGUUUUACUGGGGACACAAAGAAAUCCUUAUUCCAGUGUAUAAAAACAUGGCUGAUGCGAUGAAUAAACAUCCCAAUGCUGAAGUUCUUGUUACCUUUGCCUCUCUCAGAUCUGCAUAUGAAAGUACAAUGGAAACCAUGGACUUCCCACAGAUCAGAACCAUUGCCAUCAUUGCUGAAGGUAUUCCCGAGAAUCUCACAAGGCAGCUGAUAAAGAAAGCUAAUGAGAAAGGAGUCACUAUUAUAGGGCCAGCAACGGUUGGGGGCCUAAAAGCAGGAUGUUUCAAGAUCGGGAACACUGGUGGAAUGUUGGAUAAUAUCCUGUCAUCAAAGCUGUACCGGCCUGGCAGUGUAGCCUAUGUGUCUAGGUCAGGAGGGAUGUCCAACGAGCUGAACAACAUCAUAGCUCUCAACACUAAUGGAGUGUAUGAGGGCGUGGCCAUAGGAGGAGACAGAUAUCCAGGAACGACGUUUAUGGAUCACAUUCUUCGAUAUCAAGCUGAUCCAGAUGUCAAACUCAUUAUUCUUCUUGGCGAGGUUGGUGGAACUGAAGAAUACCAGCUGAUGAAUGCAAUGAAGGACAAGAAAGUUAACAAGCCGGUUGUUGCGUGGUGUAUAGGAACAUGUGCCAAAAUGUUCACCUCAGAGGUCCAGUUCGGCCAUGCUGGAGCUUGUGCUAAUGCAUCAUCUGAGACGGCAGGGGCUAAAAAUGCAGCUCUGAAGGAAGCCGGUGCCAUUGUACCAAAGAGUUUUGACGAGCUGGGCACUUCCAUCAAAGAGGAGUAUGACAAAUUGGUUGCCAGUGGCGUCAUCGUUCCCCAACCAGAACAGGCUCCUCCCACUGUCCCCAUGGACUACAACUGGGCUAGAGAGCUUGGUUUGAUCCGCAAGCCCGCAUCGUUCAUGACCAGCAUCUGUGACGAGCGCGGCCAGGAGCUGCUGUACGCCGGGAUCCCCAUCACGGACAUUUUUAAAGAAGACAUGGGCAUUGGAGGGGUUCUCAGUCUGCUGUGGUUCCAGAGAAGGUUGCCAAGAUACGCCACAAAGUUUAUAGAGAUGUGUCUGAUGGUGACUGCUGACCACGGACCGGCUGUUUCCGGAGCUCAUAACACCAUAGUGUGCGCUAGAGCCGGCAAAGACCUCAUAUCAAGUCUGACAUCAGGACUGCUAACUAUAGGUGACAGGUUUGGUGGAGCGUUGGAUGCUGCAGCCAAACAGUUCAGCGAUGCGUACGACCUGGGAUUGAUUCCCAUGGAGUUUGUCAACGACAUGAGGAAGAAGGGAAAACUCAUCAUGGGAAUUGGGCACCGAGUGAAAUCUAUAAACAAUCCAGACAUGCGAGUGGUCAUCCUGAUGGACUAUGUAAAGAAACACUUCCCGUCAUCCCCGUUGUUAGACUAUGCUUUAGAAGUGGAAAAAAUAACCACAUCUAAGAAACCUAAUCUGAUAUUGAAUGUUGAUGGCUUCAUUGGUGUGGCAUUUGUUGACCUGUUACGGAAUUGUGGUUGUUUUACAAGGGAGGAGUCCCAGGAAUACAUUGAGAUUGGUACACUCAACGCGCUGUUUGUCCUCGGCCGCAGCAUGGGCUUCAUUGGCCACUACCUCGACCAGAAGCGACUGAAGCAGGGACUGUACCGACACCCGUGGGACGACAUCUCCUACGUGAUGCCGGAGACGCUGAAUGAACCACAAUAACUACCAUAAAAACACCGGCAUGAUGGCGUAAUUCCACAAACUAUCUUAAUAUUAACUAAAAGUGUUCAUUUGUAUUUGUUAAAAAAGAAAAGAGACACAAGCUGUUUAAUAUUACAUUUUUAGUAUUUGUCAAUAGGGAGCUACAAUUGUGUGAUAUUCAAGUGUUAAUGUGUAUUGGUUAACAGGGAGACACAAGCUGUUUAAUAUUAAAGUGUUAGUAUUUGUUAGCAGGGAGACACAAGCUGUUUAAUAUUAAAGUGUUAGUAUGUGUUAACAGGGAGACAAAAGCUGUUUAAUAUUGAAGUGUUAGUAUGUGUUAACAGGGAGACAAGCUGUUUAAUAUUAAAGUGUUAGUAUUUGUUAACAGGGAGCCACACGCUGUUUAAUACUAAAGUGUUAGUAUUUGUUAACAGGGAGCCACACACUGUUUAAUACUAAAGUGUUAGCAUUUGUUAACAGGGAGCCACACGCUGUUUAAUACUAAAGUGUUAGUAUUUGUUAACAGGGACCCACAAGCUGUUGUAAGUAAUGAAUGUUAAUUAAAGUGUUGAUAUAGGGUUUACUGGUUAACAGGGAGAUAUACACUGCUUUAUGUUAAAGUGUUGAUGUUUAUUUGUUAACAGGGAGCCACAAACUGCCUAAUAUUAAAGUGUUAGUGUUUAUUAAUCCCAUACCCUACUGUUACAGAUCAAGUUUAACUUCCAUGGUGAUUUACCCAUUUUUCAUAGUUAUUGUCCUUGAACUUAGCAGAUCAAAAAAUUUGUUUUCCGGACUUUUUUGCAAUGCCUCAAGAUAGUGAUAUAAAAUCUUGUGUGUAGCUUUAUCAUGUUCCGUUACAAAUCAGGUUUGACCUUCGUGGCCAUUUACCCAUUUUUCACAAAGUUAAGGCCCUUGAACUUAGGAGAUAUGAAAAUUUGUUUUGACUAAUUUUAGACUUUGCUUUUGAAUGCCUGAAGAUAUUGAGAUUAAAAUUUGUAUAUAGCUUUAUCCAAAAUCAAGUUUAACUUCCAUGGCAAUUUACCCAGUUCUCACAGAGUUAUGGCCCUGAACUUAUGAGAUAAGAAAAUUUGUUGGGCCCGGUAGAACGCAUGUUUGUUAAUAUUAAUAUUAAAGUGUCUGACAGUGUGCAUUUGUUAACAGGAAGCCACAAGCUGUUUAAUAUUAAUUAAAAUAGUAAUGUGUAUUUAAUUGUUAACAGGGAGCCACAAACUGUAAUAUUAAAGUGUUAGUGUGUAUUUGUUAACAGGAAGCCACACACUGUCAGAUAUAAAUAUCAAAGUGUUACUAGUGUGCAUUUAUUAACAGCAGUAGCGGAGGUCCAGGGGUCCAGAUCCCCCCCCCCCCCCUUUGAAAACUGACCAUAACCUUUAAGGGGAAAUGUGAUUAUAAUAACUUUUUGUAUAAAAGGAGAGAACAGUCAUCACAUUUGGACCCCCCCCCCCCCCCCCCUUUCAGAAAUCUUGCAUUCGUGCUUGAACAGGGAGAUCUGUUAGAAAUACAGUAAAAUAAUUAUCGGAGAUAUUUCAGGGAUGUCUUACAUGUGUUGUAAUUCCACAAAAUGUUUAAUAUUAAAGUGUUGUGCAUUUGUUAAUAGGGAUAAUAUUUAGUUAAAACUUUAUUGUUAGUGAGUGAUAUUAACAUACACUUUCACAAAUGUUUUAUAAUGUUUUAUUGAGGCCAAUUAGAUGUUAAAAUUGUUAUCACCGGUAAUUUAGUAAGUGAAUAUUACACAGCUAUUAAACUGUUUUUUAAUGUUUUAAAUGUAAUGUCAGUUCAUUUUUUUCCACAAAAAAACCCGCCAAAAAAACCUAUCCGAAUUAUUAAGUUAGUGCGUGAAAGAUUGUACUUCAUAGGUUGUUUUAUAUUAAAGUGGUGUUGUGAAAUGAAAUUUGGCAGUGGAGGAAGUUGCACGUUAAAAGGGUUUUACAAACACAUAGUACACGGUUGAGUUAUUAUGUUUCACAGACCGACCAUGAUGGGUAGAACUUUUCAUUGUGAAAAAAUAAGUUAAGAUCCUAUGAUAGUAUAGUAAUUUAAAAUUAAUAGUGUUUUGAAAUAUGAUGUAUUUGUUUCAGAAACUUUUCCAGAGAAAACAAAAAAUAAAAUAAAAAAUAACUAAAUAAAAAUAAAAUGAUUUGCCAUUCAUGUUAUCAAUUAUAUAAAUUGAUUACAGAGGGAGGAGAUAUAAAUUAUGUAGUAUUCUUCAUCAAGACAGAAUUAAUUAAUUAAAUGAAUUCAUGUUUAAAAAAGAAAUACACAAAUGCAUUCAUUCAGCAAAUGGCAUUUCGUUGCAUCCCAUCCUUGAUUCACUCUCACUUCUCAUAUAGCAAUUGCUGAAAUACUCGAUAGCUACAUAAAGAAAGAAGUGUUUUAUUUAACUACGCACUCAACACAUUUUAUUUUAUGGUUAUAUGGCGUCAGACAUAUGGUUAAGGACCACACAUUUUUUUAGAGGAAACCUGCUGUCACCACAUAGGCU